CCGAGAACCUCCAUCGUGGUCAGGCAAUGACUUCACGUGCUUCUGCGCUCAUGAGUUAUUGUAAAAGAUCUUUGAUCACCUUGACUGUUGAAAGUAAAUGAGGGGUAAGCAAGGCUGUGCGAUGGCUGCCUGUGUGAUCUCUAUUCUAAUUGGGUCAGGAUCAUGUACCACCUCACACGGUAUUGUGAGCUGCUUAACAUCCACAUCACAUAAGAUCCCAAGGCAAGAGAGUGAUGGAGAACGUACAUUUGACAUUUCAGCGGGACGGCCCGUCCCUGGUGCUACUCAAUCCAUUUUUACCGCUCUCAUCUCUGUCGUCGCCAGUCUCGGCUAGUACUUGGAUGGAGACG